GCGUCAGCUAAGUCAUCUUUAUUGAGGACCUGGAACUUUUCCUGAAGUCCCUCCAGCUGCUUCGCAACCGCAAACUGGUUCGUACGGCCAUGAGCAUUCGCUCUUAGAGUAUCUUCGGUACGACGUUUCAGGAUUUUGAAACGGGGGUUUCUCUUAUCAACUUUGGCGACGGUCGCAACCAACUCGUCGGUUAGCGCACUAAUACUGGCGGGGAUGGCCAUAACGGUUGGUUGGAGGGGUUCACUGCAGAACUGAGCCAGCAGCUAGCGCACAGAUUCCCCAUUGCCCAUCACCACGAAAGGGGGAGUUGCGUCGUUAGUAGAAUUGCGACAGCAUGAAGGAAGGGUUACGCGGCUUUUUGUAUUGAUUGGCGGCGGCAGUUGACGUGUUGUUUGAGUCGCCACGCUAGACCCAUUGGGGCAAAGGCGGCAUCGAGACCUUAAGCAACCAAAGUCUCUCCUAUACCAACUCGAUUCUGUCUCUUUUUUUUGCCCUCCUGCCUGUCUCUUGCUUGCUGCAGUCUCGCACUCAGUUGAAUUCAAGAUGGCUGUCGCAAGACCCAUUCGCAUGCUGGGUGCGUCAUGCAUUAUUCUCAUUCUAUUCCUAGUCUUCCAAAUGCACAAGGGACCUACAACUGCCAACAUUAGUAAGGGGUCCAAAGGGGAGUAUACCGGCAUCCAAAGCGACCCCCUCAAGGAGCCGACCGGAGAACCCGAAGGACAAUUAUGGCGAGCCGACGAGCACGAUUAUGCCCCCGACAGUGCCAACUCCGCCCGGACCAACGCGGCGCUCAUCUCUCUCGUCCGGAACGAGGAGCUGGAAGAGUUGAUUCCGACGAUGCGCGAUCUGGAACGGACCUGGAACAGCAAAUUCAAUUACCCCUGGAUUUUCUUCAACGACAAGCCGUUUACGGAGGAGUUCAAGAAGCGCACCCAAGCGCUGACCAAGGCGAAGUGCCAAUAUGAACAAGUACCGAAGGAACACUGGGAUGUCCCCGAUUGGAUCAACAUGGACCUCUUCCGCGAAUCCGCCGAGGUGCUGAAGGAGCAGGGCAUUCAGUAUAGCGACAAGGUAUCCUACCAUCAAAUGUGCCGCUGGAACAGUGGUCUGUUCUAUCAGCACCCAGCCCUCAAGAACUACCGUUACUACUGGCGCGUCGAGCCGAAGGUCCAGUUUUUCUGUGACGUGGAUUAUGAUGUGUUCCGAUUCGUCGAGGACCGCAACAUCACAUACGGUUUUACCAUCAACCUUUUCGACGCUCCCCAGAGUAUCCCAACUCUCUGGCCAGAGACGAAGAAGUUCCUUGCCGCGAACCCCACUUAUCUGUCCGACAACAAUAUGCUGGACUGGUUGACGGACGACCAAUUGCGACCAGAGCACACGAAUGCUGCAAAUGGAUACUCCACUUGCCACUUCUGGUCCAACUUCGAAAUCGGUGACAUGGAGUUCUUCAGGGGAGAAAAGUAUUCUGCUUAUUUCGAUCAUUUGGAUCGCGCGGGUGGCUUUUACUAUGAACGAUGGGGCGAUGCUCCCGUGCACUCGAUUGGUCUGGGUUUGUUCGCAGAUGCGGCGAAGGUUCAUUGGUUCCGCGACAUUGGAUACAACCAUAUCCCUUACUACAACUGCCCCAACUCGCCCAAGUGCUCCGGCUGCACUCCAGGCAAAUUCUACGCCGGUGAGCCCUUCCUGGCCAAGGAAGAUUGCCGACCGAGCUACUUCAAACAUGUCGGAACUCACUAA